ACUAAACGUCGUACUAAAUCAUAAUUGAUAAGUCAAACUAUCUGAUAAACUUAACUAACUGAAGAAAUAGAAAAAUGGAAAAAGUGAAGCCGUUGCAAUCUACGUACGGCGCCUUGACCUACACAACGGAGAAGGGUACCAAAUAUGCCUUGCUGCAUCUGAUCAUCUUCAAUAUUUACUUGAUAGCCGUAACCUUAAUGGGCAAUGGAUUGACCACGCAUCACCAGCAUGAUUUUACCAGGAGCUUGCGGCAACUACUUCAAAGAACUGACUAUACGCCGAGAAAUUCGACUAUAUCUUUCGAUCAGGUCAUUACAAUACCAGAUUUCUGGGAUUAUAUGGAAUUUAUGGUCCUUCCCUUGCUGCAUGGCGUCGUCUAUGAUGAAAGCGUUAAAUGGCAGCCACGUUUUAUUAACACUAGACCCACCUUGUAUGGUCGUCUAUUUCUAAAUGAAAGUUUACUACUUGGAGCACCGAGACUACGACAGAUUCGUGUAAAAGGUAACAGUUGCCAUGUGCAUCAUGCUUUCGCUCGAUACUAUAACACAUGUAUGGCGGCUUAUUCGGCUGACAAUGAGUUCAAGGAGCCGUUCUAUAAGGGGACUGAGUAUAAAACAAUGGAUGAGCUAAAUGCCUUACCUAUUCGGGGCAGGGUACAUACCUAUCACAGCGGAGGGUAUGUGAGACCAUUAUCAUACAAUAAGGAUGUCAAUAUGGGCCUGAUACGACACCUUAAAAAAAUUGAGUGGUUGAAUCGUGGUUCACGUGUCGUUGUACUUGAAAUGAAUAUGAUUAACUUAAAUUUGGAUCUGAUAAUUGCCACUAAAUUAAUUUUCGAGAUAUUGCCCACCGGCCUAAUAAAUACAAAAUACAACUCGGAAUCCAUCUAUUCGAAUCCAAUUUUCACCUCAUCUGGUGGACUCAUUGUGGGGUGCGCCGUUGUCGUAUAUGUAAUCAAUUUGUAUUAUACCUACGUUGAGAUCAAGAAACUCUAUCUGAAAGGCUAUAAGCAUUACUUUACAAAACAGCAAAUAUUGAUAAUACCUUGUAUAGUUAUAAUUUAUGUGGCGCUCAUUUAUACAAUCUAUCUAUUUUUUUACGUGCACAUAAUCGAUCAUCAGAUUAACGCAGUAACUAACCAUUUCGUUUCAUUGGAUUACUUCAUCCUAACGUAUUCGCUUCAUGAGGAUGCUUUCGGAAUCUUGUUGUUUCUCUCCUGGCUGAAUCUGCUUAGCUUUAUGGACUUUAAUCCAGUUCUACGAACCCUUGGCGUUGCUAUGCAGAUGGCUUCAGCUGACUUGGAGGCAUUUUCCAUCAUGUUCCUCAUUGCUUUUUAUGCCUAUGGAAAUCUUGGCUUUCUCCUUUUUGGUGCCACGAGUGAACACUUUCGAAAUUUUCCAACUGCCUUCUUAACAAUGUUGCGCUUGUUGGUUACUGAUUUCGACUACUUUCAAUUGGAACACGAGUCCCAAAUAUUGGGUCCCAUAUUCUUUCUGACCUACGUGUUGUUAAUUUUUUUCGUAUUAAUGAAUAUGUUCCUUGCCGCCAUCGUGUUAUCAUAUAGAACAGCCACAACGACUGUUGGCUUCCAGCCGUCAUUCUUAUGGUAUUAUAUAAGAAAGCUGUUGUUUAGAGUGACUUGUGGGCUUUUUAAGGCACCCCGUUAUCCGGAAUGGGCUGCUGGACAUGAAUUAAACCAGCCGCUCGAUGAAAGCAAGCUUGAAGAAUUGCUUCUCAUUAAGGAAAAUACGGAAAUCGAGUCAGAUCUGGACUUCCUACUUUCUCGUCUGGAUCUGAUUGACAACGUGUUUUAUCGUCUCCAAAAUAAUAUCGGAGAUAUAAUAACCGCUGCGAUAAAUGAAAAAAAAAUGGAGAAAAUUGAAGCCAAAUGAAAAUACAUAAAACCAUCGCUGUUCUUCUUCGAAUCCAACAUAAAAAAAUUAAACUGGUUUUUGCCUAAAAUUGAACAAUACAAUUCUCAUACCUCUGAUCGAUCACAAAUUUAGAACAACUAACAACAGAUCGAAUAAAAAACCUUAGGCAGAGACUGCGAAAUGGCAAAAUAUUUUUU